AUGUUCCAGUCUUUAAGAUUCACCACUCGCCUAAACCUGCGCCCAGUGCGAUGGAACUCCACUGCCAGCCCUACUUCACCACCUUUGAUGGCUAAAAUCCGCUCGGACCUUAAGGUUGCCAUGAGAGCUAAGGAUAAGGAUAGGUUAAACGUUCUUCGCGCUCUGAUCUCCGAGACGAACAACGCAGCGAAGACAUCCUCGCCCAUUCAAACGGAUCUGCAGCUUUUGUCAUUAAUUCGGAAGCGUGCAGCGGCCUCCAAAGAGGCCUCGCAACAAUUUGCCGACGCCAAUCGGGCUGAUCUCCAGGAAAACGAGGACAAACAGGUGGCCAUCCUGGAGGAAUAUGCUGGCCAGGUCGAAACCAUAAGCCUGGAUGAAGUCCAUCAGAUCAUCUCGCAGGAGAUUGCCAAGUUACAGGAGGGACCCAACAAGCCGAACGUCGGGUCGUUGCUGAAGUCCCUCUUUGCUCCCGGAGGCGCCUUGGACGGCAAGCCAGCAGAAAGAGCCGAAGUUGCACGUAUUGCGAAAAAGAUGGUUGCUGCAGCCUAG